AUCGGGACACACUCGCAGCAUUCUAAUGGGUUGCAGGGGGAAUAUAAUCAUAUGGGCAUCAUAUCUCUUCAUUCAUUGGCGAUUCAGUGGAAGGCUGCUGCUGAAAUUUCUCCUUCGAUUUCAGAUUUGUUUUAUUUCAUUAAACAUGAGCAUUUUAUAGAAUGCAUUAGGCAGAACUUAUUUCCCACGAAAUAGUGUAGGCUACAAGGGAAUUUCAACACUUGUUUUCACCAACAAUGCUCUUGCGGGUGUUUCUCGAUCUGUGUCAUUAUUUGCUCAGCGCUUCGAGGAGAAGAUGAGCGAAACAUGUUAAGGUAUUCAAUCGAGAGAUAAGGUUGGAGAACGGAGAUGACUGGGAUUUUCAAUAGGUUAUCCUAUUUGACAUUAAAUCCGAUGUUGUGAUACAUGCAUUGGCCGAUAUAUAUGACGGGUCAUCCAUAUUUCUCUGGAUCUAAUUUUUCCACCAGAGGGGUGAUAUAGCCUGCUCUGACGUCUGCAUUAGAUAUUGCCCAGUGCUUUUUUUUCUUCAGUGACUUUGAGUUGAGAGAAGCAACUCUACAUCAUCAUCAACAAAAAGGGAAUGAAGAUUUCAUUUGUCAUUUUUUUACCCUCCGCUGCCCCUCACCCCCCAACGUUUACAGCUAAAACAAAUCCUUAAACACAUCAUAGCCUAUAUUGUGGAACAAUCUAUAGAGCCGGAGCACCGCUGGAACCAUGUUUAUUCCGCAGGUUUGGACUGGGCAAUUGCAACUGGCAAUUUAAUCAACAAGGCGCUACUGUUCUUUAUAAAUCGUCUCUCAUUUUUGCCGGACUUUUUAGUUUUUAAGGAAAACGACUUGUUAUCACUUUUUGAAAGUCUUCUGUAGGCAGUAGCAAGAUGUCGGAUCUUCUGGUGUUGGUUGAGGGGGUCUGUGACCUGCACGGAUUUCCAUAGCUUGGGAAAACAGCUGGGACCAAUUACGAGGUUUAAACACACGCAUGUUUUUUUAUAAAGCCAUUACAUGACCAAAUGUAUCAUAUUUUUUUUUCCAGCAAUUUCUUUGAAUUGCUUUUUUAAAACUUUAUUUUCACAAUUUUCUUUGGACCACAGGCGGUUGGAUUAUUGAAACUAUAUAAGGAUUUGUGGAAAUGUUGGGUCCUCAAGAAGAUAAAUUAUGUGGAAUUUUCUCUGCUUUGGCGGCUCUGUCCUUCGUUUGCUUUGCUCAAAGCACCUCCACUGGACAAACUGGAAUAUCUGUGGCCAAGGCCACCGUGGACAAGUUGCUGAAGGGGUAUGACAUCCGUCUAAGGCCUGAUUUUGGAGGUGCCCCAGUCAUCGUAGGAAUGAGCAUCAACAUCGCUAGCAUUGACUCCAUCUCAGAAGUGAACAUGGAUUAUACCAUCACAAUGUAUUUCCAGCAAAGUUGGCGAGACAAGCGUUUGGCAUACGCUGAGCUGCCCCUCAACCUGACUCUGGAUAACCGCGUGGCGGACCAGCUGUGGCUCCCAGACACCUACUUCCUUAACGACAAGAAGUCCUUUCUGCAUGGUGUGACAGUGAAGAACCGUAUGAUUCGACUGCAUCCUGAUGGCACCGUGUUAUAUGGACUCAGAAUAACCACCACAGCAGCUUGCAUGAUGGACUUGAGGAGGUACCCGCUCGACGAACAGAACUGCACCCUGGAAAUCGAAAGCUAUGGGUACACCACAGAUGACAUUGUUUUCUACUGGCACGGAGGUGACACUGCGGUGACGGGGGUGGAUAAGCUGGAGCUUCCUCAGUUCUCCAUCGUAGCACUUCGCCUGGUGUCCAGGGAGGUCAGGUUUACCACAGGUUCCUAUCCCAGGCUAUCGUUGAGUUUCAGGAUUAAAAGGAACAUAGGCUACUUCAUCCUGCAGACAUACAUGCCCUCCAUCCUGAUCACCAUCCUCUCCUGGGUCUCCUUCUGGAUCAACUACGAUGCCUCUGCAGCUCGGGUGGCCCUGGGUGUUACAACGGUGCUCACCAUGACAACCAUUAACACCCACCUUAGGGAGACCCUCCCAAAGAUCCCGUACGUGAAAGCCAUCGACGUCUACCUCAUGGGCUGUUUUGUGUUUGUGUUCCUGGCCCUGCUCGAAUAUGCCUUCGUAAACUACGUGUUCUUUGGCCGGGGCCCCCAGCAACAGAAGAAAAUCCACGAGCGGCUGAACAAAACCAACAACGAGCGCCCGCGAUACGAAGAGAAGCGCCUGAGGGAACAGGACUCCAUUGCCACGCCGUUUCAAACCAACACCCUCAGGUCAUAUACACAGAGAAGAAAUCUGUACCUCGAGGAGCAAAGAAAAGUUGGGGUGGACGCUUACGGGAACAUCCUGCUCACCACAUUGGAGAUGAAUAAUGAGGUGAUGCCGUCAGAUGUGGGAAGUAGUGUCAGUGACUCCCGGAAUUCAGUGAUGUCAUUCGACAGCUCCGGGGUCCAGUUCAGGAAGCCCAUGGCUCCCCGGGACGGCUUCAGCCACCACUCACUGGACCGCAGCGCCAUGCGCAGCAGGGCCAACUGUCGGCUACGACGGCGCUCCUCCAAGCUCAAGCUGAAAAUCCCUAAUCUGGCAGAUGUCAGCACCAUUGACAAAUGGUCCCGGGUCCUUUUCCCCAUCAUGUUUGGAUUUUUCAACCUAAUCUACUGGUUGUACUAUGUGAAUUGAUGUGCAUCCCACUAGGAAUCAUGGGCCAUAUUUUGAGAGCACAUUAAAUUGGCUUUGAUACAGUUGAAAAUAUGUAUACACAUGUACAAGUUGAUACAUAUGUAUAUGCAUAUUUCUAUAUAUUAUAUUUCUAUAUACACGUGUGUGUGUGUAAAUCUGAAGGACUUUUCUCCUGUAUAAAGCAUUAGAAUGACUUGAAUGUUUAAGAAUAAUUGCGAGAGAAACAUUUCAAGCCUUUGAAAUUUCUCCUGAAACAAACAAACAAACUAACUAACUAACAACCAUCAAAUCCCUUUGGGGGAUUUUGGAACUAAAGACUGCAUGAUAUUUUUGCUAAAAAGAAAGCGAAAGCUCUUGAGAGAAGAGAUGUCUCAGAGUCUCAUUGGCUUUUUAUUGAUACUCUGUAAUCAGCGUCCUCUACUGCAGCUCAUCAAAUCAGAGGUGGAUUGUGUGUUCAGGCAUCGGCAGAGUCCCUUAUAUCCAGCUUUACCCCCCAUCUCCCAUGGAUAACAUGCAGGAAUUCACCAGUUCUACUCUGUACAGCACCCUUGUUUGGAUUAUGUGUCGUUCCUUGGAGUUUUUCGAGUGACAUUGUUCUCUUUAUGGGACAUCAGCUCUGGUACAAUGCUGGUCUACAUUGGGGCCCAUCAGGAUGGGAUGUUAGAUCACUGUGUUCCUGUCCAGAGUCAGUGCAAACUUAUCUUCAUUUCUCUUCUCAUGUUUGUUUUUAGAGCAGUUCUUUGGGGUGUUUUCAUUAUGGUUACAAAGAUGAUGAUUAUUGUAAUUUCUUUUUUUUACUUGAAAAUAUUGUGUUUUUGGGAGAGUGUCACUUGUUCUAGAGUUAGUGCAUUAUUAUAAAAAUAGUCACAGGUAUGAAUUACUCAUUUUGUUUGAGAAAUAGACAUAUACAGUAAAUUUUGUCAUCCAGUAUCCUCAAGGACAUAGUUGGCAAAUAUAAUUGUACUCUUUCUUUAACUUCCUGUGCUUGAUUCAUCUGUAGAUACAGUAUUCAUUGCCUCAUAUCCAGCUUUGUGUUCUGUGAGGAAGGAAGGACAACUAUAGUGAAUUAUUUAAAGUUAUUCCACUAUAAAGUUGUGAGAGAACAAAUAUUGUGCAUUAAAAAGAGAUAUUGCCAUUGUUUAUUUGUUUGAUAUUGAAAUCAACAUUUCAUCGCAUUGUGUGACCUGUUGUUGUACUAUUCUCUCACUGUAAAAAAAAUUAUAGUUCACCCUUAGAAUGUUGGGUACUGAUAUUAUAGUUCCUAUGAAACAUGCCUGUCUUAAAUCCAAAUUUAAUUUAUUUAAGAGUUGUAGCAGAGGGGCGGGAUUAGAAAAAAACUCAACCUCUCACACUCAGUACCUCUGAAAAAACUGCAGACCCACCCACCCUUCAAAUGUCAGAGGAUCAAACCCAGAAGAUCAGAAACGUCAUUAGAAUCUGAAGAAAGGGGUUUAAGUUUCUAGAGGCAAGACAAGAUGUGUGAUAAAUAGCCAUGAACUAAAGAGACAACCAAAAAGGCCUAUAAUCCCCAUUUUAUUUUUUGAUUUUGCUCUUAAAGUCACUAAUUUCCAUUGGCUCAGAUCUACUAACCAAUGAUAUGUCCACUGCAGGGUUGAUGCCAUGUUGAUCCAAACUGUACCUUUACAGGAGAAAAACAAUACCUUUUUUUUCGUUAUUUGGUUCUGUCUAGAGUGAAGAGGAGAGCAAAUGCAUUCAUACAUUAAAACAGGCAUUUACAGACUAUCUCCAUGUUAAAACUAGUAUCGCUUUGAUUCAACAAUGCAAUGAGGUGCAGUGCAUUUGAUAUUCAUGCUAGGGAAUGACAAAUUCCUUUAAGAUUCCUCCAAGAUAUAAAUGAGAGAGCAGAAGACACAUUUCCGUUGUUGGCUGUAACUAUGGACAUUAAAGUUGUAUUGUAAACGUGGUUAUGACUGAAACAUCUAGAGCAUUGUUAAAUCAGAACCUACUGGGUUUGCAUGAUAAUCAAAUGGCACUGGAUGACCGAGGGAAGCAAAGUCACAGAUCAGAUACAGAGGUAGCCAAAAAAAAGAGAUGGGGGGUCCUUUGGACAUUCCACAGGAUAGGAGAGGAGAAAAUGUUGAGAGCAUCACAGUUACUGCCUUGCACAUUGCAGUGACUAAUCUCCUCAGAGCUCACUGAUGGGCUCCCCUAAGUUCCAAGAGCUUCUCUCUCCAACGUCUCCAUCCCCUGGCCGGGCUGGCACCAGACAGGCAGGAUACGGGCCUCUAAUUGGGAGCGCCAAGCCCCAUGGAAGGCUAGCACAGGACAGGAUGCACCAUGUGGCCGAGAGAGAGAGAGAGAGAUGCAGAAAAUACAGAAAAAGAGAGAGCGUACAGAUGUAGGAUCUUCAUUUGAGUCUGUUUGCUACAGCAGCAAAAUAAUCCUGCAGCAACAGGAAAUGUGAUUUAUUAUGUGGAUUAUAAUUCAUGGACAUUUUUGUAGGGGUUGAUACAUUGGGAAAAUCAAGUCUGAAAUUUCUAAAUGGAAAUUACAAACUUCAGGAGCCUUUUUAAACCUCAAAUACACUACAAGCACUGCAGGAAAGUUCUCCUGCAACAAAGUGAUCAAAUUAAGAUCCUAUAUCUGUAGUAUGGAGCAGAGACGAGAUCUUGGAUCUUGGAUAUUGACAUUUUUCACCCCAGUAAGUUGGAUGCAUAGAAUUAGGAAUUAUAAAACUUGAAUAGGAUCUAUAUGGUUGGAUGCCACUCCAAUAUUCUACCUGUCACAGUGGUAGUUGUGCCACCGAUGACGAUUAGCCUCUGCAACACAUUUGAGAGAAAGAAACCAGAGUUUGCACUAAAUCUCACCUGCAGUGCCAGGUUCUACUUCAGCAGAAAAUGAAGCAGUACAGGGACUAAAGGUUAAAAAGAGGAGUUUCUGUUUAAUCUGAAGCAGAAUCAGUGGAUGAUACUAAUCUUUAGGGGGCCGAAGUAUGACGUCACUCGCCGUUACUCAGGAACCUGGCGUCAGAUUUGAAGGAGCUUCUGCACCCUAUUGAUCUAUGUCAAAUUAGUCUACAUAAUACUUCAUAAACAUGACAUAACUGUUGUUGUAACCAUACAUCUCCUUUUGGCAAACGACCCCUGUGGUGUCACAUAUAAGGAUGUAGGUUUGAUAGUGUAAUUAGGAUUCCCAUGAAUGGUUUUAACAUGGAUUGUGUCAUGGUUAAGAUGGCAUUAUAUGGGCUUUAGCCUUCAGAAUUCAGAAUGAACCCAGUGCCAUGUUGCAUUUACUGUAAGAUAUUGUUCACUUUGUCCUUAAUUUCUCAUUGGAGACAUCGAAUGAUCUGAUCAUAUCGUCAGAGUAGCCUCAGAUGUCCAAACAGAUCUUAGACAGAAAGCAUCUAGAUCUGGCACCAUCUUGCGGUUUUUGUUAUUUUGUUACUGUCCACAGCCUGUAGAUAAAAUGUUGAGCUCUAUUGAUUUUCAUCUCUAAGUGGUCAAUACGAGCACUACACAUUUUUCCCACCUAUGGUGUGUUAAGGGCUGGAUAGAUGGAGCCCACUGAAUAUCAAACGUCAUGCUAUACUGGACACAAAUAUAAACCCAACAUGCAACAAUUUCUAAGAUUAUACUGAGUUACAUUCAUAUAAGGAAAUCAGUCAAUUGAAAUAAAUGCAUUAGGCCCUAAUCUAUCUCCUGGAAAUACAGAUAUACAUCUGUUAGUCACAGAUACCUUAAAAAGGAUCUCGUCACGUUAACUCUGUGCAUUCAAAUUGCCAUCUGUAAAAUGCCAUUGUGUUCAUUGUCCAUAGCUUAUGCCUGGCCAUACUAUAACCCCACCACCACUAUGGGGCACUCUGUUCACAAUGUUAACAUCAGCAAACCGCUCACCCGAACAACGCCAUACACGUGGUCUGCAUUUGUGAGGCCAGCUGGACCUACUGCCAAAUUCUCUAAAACAACGUUGGAGGCGGCUUAUGGUAGAGAAAUGAACAUUAAAUUAUCUGGCAACAGCUCUGGUGGACAUUCCUGCAGGCAGCAUGCCAAAUGCAUGCUCCCUCAAAACUUGAGACAUCUGUGGCAUUGUGUUGUGUAACAAAACUGCACAUUUUAGUGUCCUUUUAUUGUCCUCAGCACAAGGUGCACCUGUGUAAUGAUCAUGCUGUUAAAUCAGCAUCUUGAUAUGCUACACCUGUCAGGUGGAUGGAUUAUCUUGGCAAAAAAUAAAUGCUCACUAAAAGGGAUGUAAACAAAUUUGUGCACAACAUUUGAGAGAAAUACGUUUUUUGUGCGUAUGGAACAUUUCUGGAAUUUUUUAUUUCAGUUCAUGAAAUGUGUUAUUUCAGCUCAUGAAACAUGGGACAAACACUUUACAUGUUACAUUUAUAUUUUUGUUCAGUGUAGAUUAACCUCCCCACCCCCAAUUGGCCAAGUAAGUCUUGAGCAAAAUAACAAAUCAACCUGGCCUACAUUGCCUCAAGAUGGAGUUCACCAAAACAUUUUGUGAAAAUGUUCAAUGGCAAUACAAUGAAUACAAUUAUUUAAAGUGCCAAACAAGUGUUACAAAAGCAUACUAUACAAAGCUUUGAAAAACAAAAAGAAAAUACAUAAAGCUAUCCAACUCAACAAACAAUUUAGGGGAAGAUGAACUAGCUUAGCAUUUGCAUUUAAACGGCAUAGUGAACAUAUCAAGUAAAAGUAGAAGAUUUUGCCCUUUUUUUUGGAAAUAAUCCAAAUAAUCCAUUUGAUCUGAAUUUCACUUAAAUGCACUAGAUAGCUCAUGCAUUUCUUUUUUUUUCACACAUAACGACAGGUUUUCUUUCCUGUAACAUACAGUAAAACAUAACUUCCAUCAUUUUACAAAAAAUAACUAAUGAUUGGUCCGUAUGGAAACCCUUGCAUGCUUGCAGUAAAUAUCCUCAUUACAUUGAACUCACACCUACUAUAUAUGGAAAUGUGAACCACGUUCAUGUUUUUUGACAGCUGUGAGGAAACACAUUUUUCAUGUGAUGAUUUAUUUUGGUUAUGCCACAUCUAUUUUGUUGACACAUUAAUGUACAAGGAAUAGUGGAGGUAAAAAGAAACUGUUGAACUCAUUCCAAUGGGAAUGUUCUUGCCUCUUGUGUAUAUGUGUAAUUACAUGUGAAUUGUACUGUAAAUAUGUUAUCUUUCGCUUAAUAUUUCUUAAUGCAUGAAAGAAAAACAGGGAAGUUCAUAAAAGCAGCUAGCUUCACUGCUAAUGGCAUGGACAGCUUCUAUAGCAUUGGCAUAUUUCUGCAAACAAAACCUCAAAAAAUGACAUUUUAAGAAGAGAAUAUAAAGGUUUUGUUUUGCAUGACCUAAGUUUGGAAAGGUUUAUUUUCGUAUUUUUCUAUUCCACACUAUUCAUCAGUUUCAUUCUCACAGCCAGGAAAGGAAGGAUCCAGUGUUUACAUGCUCUAGUUGCACUUGUUUUACAGCCAGCUUGACAAAACACUGUAAAGCAAACCAUACAUUCAAUAAAACUGGAGAAAAACUAAAAAAUAGAAUGUACAUUAUAUGAUUCAUGGUUAACAUGAAUAAUAUGUACCUAUCUAUCAUUUUUGCUUAAUGUGUAGCACAUACAAUUUGGAAUCGAUACACCAAGUACAAACUGUAGUUUUAUCAAGUUUAGCUUUAGCACUAACAUCAAUCACCCUCCAGCUACAAAGGAUGUAAAGGAAGCUCACCAGUAGCAUCUGAAUUUAAGCCAUGAGAUUGCAUGCUGAGUGUGUAUUCCCAGCCGUUUCUCUUAAAUGAGUUGCCUCUGGACUGGGGGGUUCUGGUCUGCUGCUGAUUAUGAUGAUACUUGCAGGAGGUUGUGCUGAGUCCCAAUUAUACAUCAGUAUAACUCCCUCUUUCAAGGAGAUUUUACCAGUGAAAACAUACUUGCAAAACAAAAAGCUAGAGAAAAAAUUCUGUAAAAAUUGGCUAAACAAAUUUAAAGGCCAACGACCCUGAUCUAUUUUAAAGAUUUUAAUCAGUAUUAUUAUUGUUAUUUUUUAUAUAUAUUUUUUGUAAUUGGCUGUAUUUUGUUGCAUUUUGUUAUGGAUUGUUAUUAUUACUGUAGUUGUGGUUUUCUCAUAAAAAGGAAAUGUAUUUCUACUUGCAACCUGCCCUGGAAGUAAAAUGCAUUUAGUUUUUGUACUGUAAUUGUUUUGUUCUCAUUGAGCGCUUUAUUUUGGUCAGUUAUCUAAUGAGGUGUUUUAUUUCAUUUGGGGUAUGAGUUUUCUAUCAACAUUUCUAUAAUAUGAAGUCGUAUUUCCUUUUUUUGUCUAUGCCAAUUAAUGUUAUAGUGUCAAGCAGCUUUUUUAGGUGUUUGAGCGAAAUGUGUUUUUUUUACAAAUACAAGGUGUUAAAGUAUGUGGUAUAAAAAGGUUAUCAUUCAAACAACGGACUUUUGACUAAUAAAGGCUUAUACACUAAAGAAUGACAAUGUCUUUUCGUUUGCCCUUUGAGGACUAAUAUCUAUUGUUGAAUUUACAUUUUGAUGAAUUUAUUUAAUUGUGUUAGUCCCCAAAAGGUAAACAAAAUACUCAGUUGAAAAAAAAUCAAUUGAAAAAUGUAGUAAGUUUUUUACCGUUGCAAUUCCAAGCUGUCGUGGGAGGUUUCACCUAUUUGUUGGUGUGUUGCUUUCUCAUAAGGGCUGUUGGGAUAUGAAGACAGACUUGAGUACAAGUAAAAGAAAAGACAAGAGAGACUUCUUGUACCAGAUUUUAAUUAGAUUACAACCGACACAAAUAAUGAGAGGAUACCUCCAUUCAUGGCCUAUUUCCUGAAUAAAGACACAAAGUGACUCCUGCUGAGAA